CAGACAUGCGCAAUGACCACCGCCUUCUUAAUUUCCGUAAUUUUCGAACUCGAGAAUUUCAAAAUUUUUAAUCUUUUUCAUUGUUGCUGCUGCUGUGAGAGGAUGUCGCGGCGCAAGCAGGCCCGGCCGCAACAUUUGGAGUCGGAGCCAGACGUAGCUUCGCUGCUAGAGCAGGGAAAUACAAGCGUCACACUGGAGGGCGAGGUCGGGAGCGAGGCACUACGAGACGCCCACGUCUGUGGCAAAUGUCGCGCCGAGUUCCUCAUCUUGGCCGACUUCUUGCAUCACAAGAAAGCCUGCACCAAUAAACGAAUCGUCCUGAUUUUCGACGAUGAUGAAGUAGUCUGUGAGGAGAAUGAGGAAGCUUUCGAAAAGAUGCAAGUCAGCCAACCCGACGUGGAAGAUGACACUGGCAGCCCGACCGGCUGCAGCCCCAGACCGACCGCCACGAGUCCCACCAACGACGGCAGCAAGGCACAAGACAUGAGCAGUAUCAGGUCAUCUUCUCAAAACACACCAUUCCUACCUCAAGAAGGAGAUUCAGCUCGCCUUAGUCGCGACAUCCCUCUCACGAACGUGGCUCUAGAAAGCCUGGAUAUGACAAGGGUGGCAGUGGCCCAGUUCGGCCACGAUCCGCCUGCAGGGGACCUCGGGUCCAUCCAGGAACAGCUGGGAGUUCUCCAGCAGCAGCAGCUGCAUCAGCUACAACUGAUCCAGCAGAUUCAACAACACCUUGCCCUCUACAUUCCAAACCUACCCCUUCCCCCCCUCCCGCCAUUGCCAAAUCCCCUCACCUCCAACGCGCUGACCUCGGCGCUGACAACGUUGUCAAAUACGCUGUCGUCCUCAGUUGGCCUCCCGCGACCAUUCCCGAUGCCGCUGACUCCGGUGUCAGCCCCCCCACCGCUGCCAGCCCUGACGUCAGCCCCGCCCAGUUCCGGACCACAACCCCUGCCGCCCCUGAGCACACCCCUCGGCCAAUCCUCCCCACAGCCGUCCCCACUAUCAAGCAGCAGUAACCCUCCUCCAACCACCAGCUCGCCGCCAAUCACUUCCACGGAGAGUAUCCUGCCCCACCCUCCAGGGCUGGCACCACACCCUCUAGGUCUGCUCCAACAGCACACCAACGGGCUGCAGAACUCUCUCCUGCCCCCACAACCACCCAACUCUUCUGCACCCUUCAUGCCGAUGGACUUCAUGCUACGUCAUCGCAAAGGCAAGCCGCCAAAUGUCGGAGUCUUCGACACCAAGCCCGGCUCGGAAGACCCCUUCUUCAAGCACAAGUGUCGCUUCUGCGGCAAGGUGUUCGGCAGCGACAGUGCGCUGCAGAUCCAUCUACGCUCGCACACAGGAGAGCGCCCGUUCAAGUGCAACGUGUGCGGCAACCGCUUCUCCACCAAGGGCAACCUCAAAGUCCACUUCCAGCGGCACAAGGCCAAGUACCCGCACAUCAAGAUGCACCCCAGCCCUGUACCCGAGUACCUGGACAAGUUUGACAAACCGGGGGCACCGUGCAUCCACACACCAGCUGGGUUCGUACCCCCAGCCUCCUCAUCACCCAUUUCCCACCCCGUGCCCCCUCCCCUCUUCUCUCAGCCGGAGGAAGGGACAACCCCCACCCCACCCAGCUUCCCCCUGCCGCCCCUGUCCCUCCCCAUCCCCCCAAUGCCACGUACCCCAGAAGGACCUCACACACCCCUUCCCCUCCCGCCGAGCUCUGAAGGCAUGCCAGGCCCGGCGGCUCCUGGACUCGUCCCAGCCAACCCUCCUGUCAAGAAAGAGGAAGACCCCAAGACUCCGAUGUCGACGACUGCUACCGACGAGGGCAGUAAGGAUGGCACAGCUGACAGCAUGAGGAGUGAGAAGUCUCCAGCUCCCUCCACUCCCAGCUCCAUGCCAUCUCCAUCCCCGGAGGCGUCGGCCACCCCGCCGACGACGGCUUUCACCCCUCUCAGCUCCACCCCGGAGCUGCCCACCAGUAUUAGCCUGGCCCUGGACUUGUACCACAGGCCGGACGUGGACCUCAACAACUUCAUGGAGACGGUGCGGACCCCGGAGACGUCCAAGCUACAGCAGCUGGUGGAGAACAUCGAGCAGAAGCUCACAGACCCCAACCAGUGCCACCUGUGUCACCGCAUCCUGUCCUGCAAGAGCGCCCUGCAGAUGCACUACCGCACCCACACCGGCGAGCGGCCGUACAAGUGCCGGAUCUGCAGCCGCGCCUUCACCACCAAGGGCAACCUCAAGACCCACCUGGGGGUGCACCGCGCCAAGCCCCCGCUGCGCAUCCUCCACAAGUGUCCCGUCUGCCACAAGGAGUUCACCAACUCGCUUGUGCUGCAGCAGCACAUCCGCAUGCACACCGAGCCCGCCGACGCCAACAGCUUCCUGCCCGUAGGCAGGCCGGACGUCAUACCACCUACCUCAUUGGCAGCCCCUCGGCCUCCGAUCGGGAAUGGAGGGGAGCCGAGCGACGAAGGCUCCUCCCUCAAGGAGCCGGAUAGAAACGGAGUCAUGACGUCCGCCUUCGGGACGCCCAUGCCGGAAGACGAUGUCGGUCCCCCCACCAUGAUCCCCGCCACCUUCUCAGCCACACUGUCCGCCCUGGAGAACCACGUCAAGGGCCUGGACUCCAACAUCACGCAGCCCCUACCCUCCAACAUCAAGAGCGCCGAGUUCAUCUCCAGCAUGAUGAGCAGCCGAGGCAGCAUCCCCAUGGCGGAGGAGAGCAAAUCCUCGUUCGCCAGCUCUCCCGGGUCGGCCGCCGAGCUGGAGAGCCUGAGCCGAGAGGAGGAGAAGGCGCCCACUCCAAACGGGGUGUACCCCGAGGACAGCUCGGAGAAGCAGGACGCAGCUGACGACAACUCGUCCUACGACAUGUCCGUGGACAGCACAGGGGCGCUGGACCUCACCCCGCGGUCCUCCUCGGCAGAGCCCGGGCCGACGACAACGACGCCGACAACAAACAGCCACCCGAUGUCCCCGGUCAACGGAGGGUCCACCUCUCCCAACAGCCUCCACAACAUGGAGAUGGGCAACUGGUACCUCAGCACCACCUGCGACAUCUGCGGCAAGACCUUCGCCUGCAGGAGCGCCCUGGAGAUCCACAUGAGAAGCCACACCAAGGAGAGGCCCUUCAAAUGCGAGAUCAAGAUAGACGGCCAUCUUAAGGCAGAGAACCAUCUCGCUGACUUGCAGACGGUGUGCGAGCGUGGCUUCUCCACCCGAGGCAACCUGAAACAGCACAUGCUGACUCACAAGAUCCGCGACCUGCCUUCGCAGAUGCUCGAGCAGCCCAGGAACAGCCAACCGCACGACGGCUCCUCCCCGCCGGCCUCAUCCGGCGCCGAGCAACCCAACAACAACCACAAGCGGAGCCUGAGCGCCAACGACAGCGCCCACCCACCGGCCAAGCGCACGCCCAUCAAGCACCAGUGCUACGCCUGCCAGAAGAUCUUCUCAUCCCACAGCGCUCUGCAGAUCCAUAUUCGCACCCACACAGGUGACAAGCCGUAUCAAUGCCACGUGUGUAAGAAGGCCUUCACCACCAAGGGCAACCUCAAGGUGCACAUGGGCACCCACAUGUGGAACUCGGCCGGCCGGCGCGGCCGCCGCCUCUCCGUGGAGAUGCCCUUCAGCCUGGUGUCCAAGGCCAACGAGCUGUUCGGCCAUGCCCCGCUGGGUCCCGAGCACUUCUUCCCGUUCCCCGGCGCGCUGAGCAAUGGCAUCGCCUCCAUGCCGAAGGCCAAUGAGAUCCCCGUCAUCCAGAGUCACAGCAGCAUGAUGAACUCCUUCCCCAAGUUUGGCGCCGCCGACCACCCCCUGUACAACAACAACGACGCCCUCGACGCCGGCCCCAAGAAGAGCCCCGCCGAGAUGAACGGGAACGACAGACACAACACCUGGGGGUGGAAGACCACGUGUAACGUCUGCAACGAGGUCUGCUCCUCAGCCACCGCGCUGGAGUUGCAUCUAAAAACCCACACCGACAUGAACAAUGUCAAGGCGUGACCUGUAGGUAUACAGAACUGACGAUGCAUUUAUAUAACAAAGAGAGAACAAAAAUCAUUUUGUGAAAAGGGGACAGAAGAACCAAAGUAGGCUGUAGAAUGGACAGUAGAGGGACCAGCUAUAUGAGACGAUAAAAAGAGAAAUAUAUUUCCUGUUAUAUGGCGAGAGUAUCCAGGAGGACAGAUAUGGAAGUUACGGAGUGUUCCUCAAACGGAAAGGGACAAGGAUAUGGAACCAGCACAAGGCUCCUUACCACGUUUUCUUAUUUUAUUUCAAACGGCAACGUGUGUUGCAGAGAUCAUGCUAUGAUAAGAAUAUGUAGUUUCUUCUUUUCACGUAUCAACAGAGCCCGCCUGGGUGGUAAAAUUGCAGUCAAUAUGUUACGAGAGGACGGAGUUAUACUUUGCGCUAGUGGACGUAACAACAAUACUUUUAUUUUGUUGUAGCUAAUGAAGUCAAGGGUAACCUGCUAAGAGAUUGUUGUUUUUAGAUGGAAAUGUUACAAUAAGUUAAACCAGGCGCCUGCGUAUAAUUAUGGCAAUAUUUGAGAUGAUAAGAAAUGAUUGACCAAUGGUUUAACCUGUAACCAUUUCAGAAUGUUAGUGUAGAGUAGACAGUAGAGAAUUUUGUUUGACUAGAUAAAUAUUGUUGUAAUACUGAUGCCCUAAAAAGACCAGUGGCUCUUUUGGCCACAGUAACAUGACUGAUGAAACGCUGCAUAUGGGGUUUGCAGUACUAAUAAUUCCUGACCUCUAAGGCUAGGCAAAUGUGUCCCCAAAGCCUACUUCAGCUUCAGCCCAUGUAGACAGGCCUCCCCAGCUUUCAUAAUUAACCUCCUGAGUAGGUGCAUAUGCUGGGGAGCCCAGUAAUUCCCCAUUAAGCUAGUCACCCAUGCCCCGUGUACUUGUAUCAUAGGUAGUGCCGCUCCCGAGCGUGUGAGUGUGUGUGUACCCCAUCACAGCUUUCGCAGACGGGGGGACAGUUGAUUUAGCGAAGACUCCCGUUGAUUGCGAUAUUGGCGAAAUGCUCGCAAUCACGUCGCAGGCUGCGGGCCCACGGCCCUGUGAUUGCUGAAAUUACCGGAGUUAUAGUAUGUGAUGAUACUGUUGCUGCGCCGUGAUGUGCCAGAAACCAUUAUUGAUGGGAUCAAUUUAUAGAUUGGUCAAUACCUCCCCCUAAUGUGCUGCCAUCUUGGUCGGCAAUUAAUACAACCGUCUGCCAAAUGAAAUCACUGACUCGAAGCUUCUCACAUCGUUUCAUUCAUAAACCAUCAACUCGGAUUAUUUCUGUGAUCCUUCUGGUUGGAUAUUUCUGGGUCAGGGCGCUCUUGUCGCGGGCGAAAGUCCGUGGCUGUUUCAGACAAACUUUUUUUUGUGAACCGUUGACUUCUCACAAACGCCCCGUGGUAUAACCUCCGGUUAUGUUGUAUGUUGAUAGUCGCCAUGUUUGAUGUGAAAGCUGAAGCUUUCGAGCAGAGCUGUUGUGAUCUAUGUCUUCCUUGGAAACCGAGCAGUACACUAAGUAAGAUACCUCAUAGCAGCUGGUCUGUUGCUUGUACGUACGUCUGACCGUCCCGGCCGCGGCGGGGAGAGAUCGAAAGUCCGCUCUUGUGUUUCUUAUUUCUCAUCUCCAUCCCGUUUUCCAUUGUGUCCAUUAGGCGCGGAAUCCGUUAUCGAGAAGUCCCCUUGUCCGUCAUAAUGAAAAUGUGCUCCCUUCAUACCCGUGAUAAGUAUUUAAUGAACUUGUCGACACACCUGCUGCUCAACAAUUACUCGCAGGUGAUGAGAGGAACGCCGGAGAGAGGGCGCCGGCUCGCAGAUAAUUUGCUCUCUGAUUGUGAAUCCCCCACCUCUAUUUCCUGUAAUAUGAGCCCACUUUGUGCGUACCAGAUAGAUACAGUCCUCGAGACUUCCCAGUUAAGAAGCAGUUGUGUUGUUAGAGACCCUGGACCUCGCGAGGCCAGCUGGUCAGUCAUUGUGUUGCAGUACCCAGUCAUGUAACUGUCCGACCGUCAUUUGUACAUUUCUAUGAACCAUGUGUGUUAGUAUGUAUCAUUAAUAAUUUAUCGUUGUGUACUUGUUGUUACGAAAAAACUUACUUGUAUUUCUAGAGGAGACAUUUUAUGAACUUUUUUGUUAGCCUGUCGUAUUUUUUAUCUUUAAUAUUUUCUGACAAAAGUCCAAGGUGUUUUGCAGAGCAGGUGUACCAAAGGAACAUUUUGGUGAUCUAAUACUUGUCAAGUUCUUGUGUGGUAUGGGGACUGAUUUGGGAACCCGCUCUUGCAAAGCAACAUGGAAAGUUUUUGGUUAUACUUAUAAGAUUUUGUAUUUAUGUUUCUUUCGUCCGUUAAGCGCGGUAGUUGUAGUACACUGCCUUGGAUAAAGUCGCUCGCGCUGGCCGUCGGAUUGACACAUCCCAGAGACGCCGUGGUCCGCAUUAACCAAUUAAGCCGCACGGUAUGAUUUAUACAACACUUGAGUACUGAGCUCUUGAUAGAACUUUCCUUCUGAUUAAGAGUAUCGAUUGGACGAUCGAUGCGAUGGAAAGGAAUCGGCCUUCCAGCGAGCGGCCGCCUGCGGAUGUGCUCAUCUGACGGUCCAUAUCUAUUUUUAACUUUCAGGAUGAGGCGGGAUUAAAAGCCAGCAACAUCUAAAUGGGAUGGCUUUAUAGUCAUGAAUGUGGAUGUUAAGUGGGCUGGCAAUUACCAAUGCAAUCAUUUUCUUCCAUACUGCAGUGUGCUUCCCUUGUUCAUAGUUGUAGUGGAGUAGUGUAUUGUAUAAAUAUACAGUGAAGUGUGUAAGACCCUGUGUAUACCAGACAUUUUUGUAGUCACGUCAUAUUAAGACAAAUGUAACCUUGGCAUUUCCAGUCAUCAAUGGGAAAGAGCUAUUUUUGUAUUUGGCUGUCACUUGGAUAUGCCUGUGUUUGAUAUUUGCCAUUUGUACCUUUAGACCAUUCCAUGAGAUCAUACUUGUAAGGUGCUGUAGACUAAGCAGAUAUUUUGUCAUACGGAACAGAAUAAAAACCCAUGUACCUUUUGUGA